AAAGUCAUCGUUCUUCCGACAUCAACCUGUGAGGCGUGUCUCGGUUGGCUACGGGUGGUCACGAGACUGGUGACGUCACGUAGGUGUUAAAAGCGGCUGUGUGAAGAAGUCCCAGCAGGUAAGACCCAGAGAGACAGACGGAGCCAGACACACCUGCGGACGCUAGUUACUUGCUGCAGUCAUGGUUCCGCGGACGCGAUGGCUUCACCUGCUCCUCCUGUGGUGCUGCGCGCGGACCUGCCACUGCCUGAUCAUAGAAAACAGAGGUUGGACUGGUCAAGAGACAGACGAAGGGGUGUGGGUCAACUCCCAAGUCAGUCAAGUGCUGAGCAGCCAUCUAACAACCGUCUUCAUCCCCAUCAUCUACAUCAUCGUGUUUGCUGUGGGACUGCCCACCAAUGCCAUGGCCAUCUGGGUGUUCCUCUUCAGGACCAAGAAAAGACACCCGUCGUCCAUCUACAUGGCCAACCUGGCUCUGGCUGACCUGCUGUUUGUCAUCUGGAUCCCCUUAAAGAUAGCGUACCACUUCAACGGCAACAACUGGAUCUACGGGAGUGCUUGUGCAAAGUGCUGGUGGGUUUUUCUACGGCAACAUGACUGCUCCAUCCCUUCAUCGCCGUAUAGAUUGUUCAGCGUUACUGGGCCGUGGUCCAUCCGUGUCCCAUCAGCAGAAAGACACCCGCGUAGCUGUGCCGUCUCCGUCAUGGUCUGGGUGUGUCGGGUCCUCACAAUCCCGCUCUACCUGUAUGACAAAGGUCUUUGUCCCGAACCUCAAAAUCCACACCUCCACGACGUCACCAGCCGUCAGAAGGAAAUGGCCAGGCUACUUCCUGACAAUGGGAAUUGUGGGAUUUGUUUGCCAACCGGCGUGUGCAUCAUAUCCUAUAUCCUCAUGCUCAAGUCUCUCAAGAACCAUGGCACCCCGAUUGCCAAGAGGCGACGAAAAGCAGUGGUCUUGAUCAUCACCGUGCUGGUGAUGUUUUUGUGUCUUCACCCCCAGUACAUCAUGCUGCUGGUGCACUCCACCCUCCUGUUGGUUGGGACUGACAACAACCUGUACGGAUUUUAUAUCACCACCCUGUGUUUGGCGAGUCUCAACAGCUGCUUCGACCCCUUUGUUUACUACUUCAUCUCCGAGGACUUCAGGAAUCAUGUGAAGAACACCUUCCUGUGCAGGAGUGAGAGGACAGUUGAGAGGAUGAGGGUCUCCUUCAGCGCUCUCAAGGUCUCCAAGAAGAGCAACACGUACACGUCUGAUUCAGGGAACACUCGGAGCACUGAGUGCUAGUGCAUCAUUGUCAUUAACUCCCCCUAAAAUAACUUUGGGAACUUUGGGGAGUCAUCUGUGCUAAAUACCUCUGAAAAGCUUUAAGCUGUCUAAGUUACUGCUUUCUUCAAAGACAUUUUUUUUGUAAACACCCCUGUGAAUUCAACUGAUAUUUAAUGCACUUUACUCAAUGUAGUCUUCUUCUGUUCCAUUUGAUUUAAGGCGGAACAUAAAUAAUUGUACUCUUGAACUGUUUUAAUGUGUCUGAUCAUUUAGUGCAUACUGUUAUUUUUAUUGAUGAAUCAUACCGAACAUUUAGCAUGUUGAGUGAUGCACGCUAGAUAAUAUUUAUAUCUUGUUCAUUUUCAAAAUAGCCGUCUUUACAAGUUGUAUCCCCACAUUACAAGUUGUAUAAAUACAUUUUAAAGUUUCUCAAUAAAAGUAAAUGUACAACUUUCCUCCUUCA